AUGCUCACCAAGUUCGAGACCAAGUCCAACCGGGUGAAGGGCCUGGCCUUUCACCCAAAGCGGCCAUGGGUUCUGUCGUCGCUCCACAGUGGCGUCAUCCAGUUGUGGGACUUCCGCAUGGGCACGCUGAUCGACCGGUUCGACGAGCACGAGGGCCCGGUGCGCGGCGUGCACUUCCACCCCGGCCAGCCCCUGUUUGUGUCCGGGGGCGACGACUAUAAAGUCAAGGUGUGGAACUACAACCUCCGGCGGUGUCUCUUCACGCUCCUGGGCCACCUCGACUACAUCCGCACGGUGCAGUUCCACCACGAGCACCCCUGGAUCAUGUCGGCCUCGGACGACCAGACGAUCCGCAUCUGGAACUGGCAGUCGCGGCAGUGUAUCUCCGUGCUCACCGGCCACAACCACUACGUCAUGUGCGCGCUCUUCCACCCGCGCGAGGACCUCGUCGUCUCCGCGUCGCUCGACCAGACCGUCCGCGUCUGGGACAUCACCGGCCUGCGCAAGAAGUACGCCGCUCCGGGCUCAGGCGGCGCCACCGCGGACGAGCGCAGCAGCCUGGACGGCUUCGGCGAGGCCGUCGUCAAGUACGUGCUCGAGGGGCACGACCGCGGCGUGAACUGGGCGUCCUUCCACCCGACGCUCCCGCUCAUCGUGUCCGGCGCGGACGACCGGCAGGUCAAGCUGUGGCGCAUGAACGACACCAAGGCCUGGGAGGUCGACACGCUGCGCGGCCACACGAACAACGUCUCGUGCGUGUUCUUCCACGCGCGGCAGGACCUCAUCGUGUCCAACUCCGAGGACCGCACCAUCCGCGUCUGGGACAUGUCGAAGCGCACCGGCGUCCAGACGUUCCGCCGCGAGCAGGACCGGUUCUGGAUCCUCGCCGCCCACAGCGACGUCAACCUCCUCGCCGCGGGGCACGACUCCGGGAUGAUCGUGUUCAAGCUCGAGCGCGAGCGCCCGGCGUUCGCCGUGCACCAGGGGCAGCUCUUCUACGUCAAGGACCGCUACUUGCGGCUGUACGACUUUGCGACGCAGCGCGACAACCCGCUGCUGGCGAUCCGGCGGCCGGGGACGACGGCGCUGAACUCGGCGCCGCGGCACAUGAGCUACAACCCCGCCGAGCGCGCGGUGCUGCUCACGAGCGACGUCGACGACGGCACCUACGAGCUGUACAUCCUGCCGCGCGACGCGGGCGCGCGCGGGGGCGAGGCGGCCGCGGAGCCGCGCGUCGGGUCCGGCGCCGGCGCGGUCUUCAUCGCGCGGAACCGCUUCGCGGUGCUCGACAAGUCCACGGGCAGCAUCCUGAUCAAGAACAUGCACAACGAGGUCACGAAAAAGAUCCCGUGCCCCAGCUCCGGCGUGGACGCGAUCUUCCCGGCGACGACGGGGUGCGUGCUGCUGCGCAUCGAGGACCGCGCGGUGCUGUUCGACCUGCAGACGCGCGCGGUCGUCGGCGAGGUGCACUGCCCGCAAGCCAAGUACGCCGUGUGGUCGCACGACAUGUCCAAGGUGGCGCUGCUGUCGAAGCACGCGGUCGUGCUGGCGGACCGCAAGCUCAAGACGUCGGUCACGGUCCACGAGACCAUCCGCGUGAAGAGCGCCGCGUGGGAGGAGAGCGGCGUGCUCAUCUACGGCACCCUCAAUCACAUCAAGUACUGUCUCACGAACGGAGACACGGGGAUCAUCAAGAGCCUCGACGCGCCGAUCUACAUCACGCAGGUCACGCGCGGCGUCGUGAACUGCCUCGACCGCGACGGCCAGGCCCGCCAGAUCGCCAUCGACCCCUCGGAGCACCUCUUCAAGCAGGCCCUCGCCGCCAAGCGGCACGACGUGGUGCUGUCGAUGAUCAAGUCCGGCGCGCUGUGCGGGUCCGCGAUCGUGGCGUACCUGCGCGACAAGGGCUACCCCGAGGUCGCGCUGCACCUCGUCCAGGGCGCGAGCGAGCGCUUCAACCUGGCGGUGGACUGCGGCAACAUCGAGGUUGCCAUGGCGGCCGCGCACGAGCUCGACACCAAGGACGCGUGGUACCGCCUGGGCGUCGAGGCGCUGCGGCAGGGCAACCACCAGAUCGUCGAGUUCUGCUACCAGAAAACCAAGGCCCUCAACCGCCUCUCCUUCCUGUACCUCGUCACGGGCAACCGCGACAAGCUCGGCAAGAUGCUGCGCGUCGCGGGUAUGCGCGAGGACGUCAUGCUGCGGUUCCAGAACGCGCUGUACCUCGGCGACGUCGGCGAGCGCGUCCGCUGCCUCGCGGAGGCCGGUCUGACGCACCUGGCGUAUGCGUGUGCGGCGUCGCACGGGCUCGAGGAGGAGGCGAAGCAGCUCGCGGAGGCGCUCGAGGACGCCGGGCUGAGCGUGCCGGAGGUGCCGGAGGACGCGGAGCUCAUGCUGCCGCCGCCCCCGGUGCGCACGUGCGCGGAGAACUGGCCGCUGGUGUCGGUGGAGCGGGGGAUGUUUGACCAAGACCCCUCCGCGGCGGGCGCCGAGGAGAAGGUCGUGGCCGACGAGGGCGGCGCGACGGACGCGAUGGGCGAGGCCGCGGGCGCGUGGGGCGGCGACGACGGCCCGCUGGAGGCCGCGGCGGGGGCGAAGGAGAACGGCGCUGCGCCGGCGGAGGCCGGCGGCGGCGGAGGCGGCUGGGGCGACGAGGACGAGUUCGCCGACAUAGCGGGGGGCCUCGAGGACGUGGGCGACGCGUGGGGCGACGACGAGGACCUGGACCUCGACCUCGACGUCGGCGACGCGGGCGGCGCCGCGGCGCCCGCAGCGGGCGCGGCGGGGGGGGUGUUCGUGGUGCCGACGCCCGGCCCGACGGUGGCGAUGCGGUGGUCGCAGUCGUGCGGGCUCGCCGGGGAGUUCGCGGCGGCGGGGGACUUCGCGGGCGCGAUGCGGCUGCUGAACCGCCAGCUGGGCGUGGUGGACUUUGCUCCGUACGGGAAGCUGAUGCUUGAUGUGCACCUGGCGUCGUUCGUGCCGGUCGCGGGGCUGCCGUGCACGCCGCCGCUGUCGGUGCAGGUGGAGCACGGCUGGGACGGCGACGCGGCGGCGGAGCCUCCGAAGCGGCCGCGGCUGCCCGCGACGCUGGCGACGCUCGACGCGGCGGUGCGGGCGGCGUACAAGCUGGUGACGGAGGGCAAGUUCCACGACGCGGUGGACAGCUUCGAGCGCGUCCUGCUGCAGGUGACGCUGCUGUCGCUCGACUCGCUCAAGGAGGCGCAGGACGCGGAGGCGAUUUUGCGCACGUGCCGCGAAUACAUCAUUGGGCUCAAGUGCGAGCUCAAGCGCAAGGAGGUCGCCGCGGACCCGAAGCGCGCGACGGAGCUGGCCGCGUACUUCACGCACUGCCAGCUGCAGCCCAUCCACCAGAUGCUCGCGCUGCGGUCGGCAAUGACGAGCGCGUUCAAGCUGAAGAACCUCGCCACGAGCGCGACGUUCGCGCGGCGGCUGCUCGAGCUGGGCCCGAGCGAGAAGAUGGCGGCGCAGGCGCGGCAGGUGCUCGCGGCGUGCGAGAAGAACCUCGCGGACGAGGUGGACUUGCAGUACGACCCGCGCACGCCGUUCGACGUGUGCGCGGUGACGUGGACGCCGGUGUACCGCGGGAAGAGCAGCGCGACGUGCCCGCUGUCCGGGGCGCGCUUCCAGCCGCAGUGCGCGGGGCAGGUGUCGCCGAUUGGCGGCGUGGCGAGGAUCGGCGCGGAGGGGACGGGGCUGAUCGUUUCACAGGCGCAACUGCGAUAG